CCUACGUAUGCUAUCGCCCAGGCGACAGUGCCUAGCAGUUAUGCAGAUGAGCCGGCGCCACGCGCCACCAUUCCUCGGGAGAGGGAUGCCCGACGAGACCGGAUUUGGGCACGGUGUGCGGGCCGCUGAGCUGCUGAGCUGUUGGGCUGCUGGGCCGGACUGGGCUGCUGGGCCGGACUGGAAUGUGGGAAGAGAUCAUGGAAUGGCAGCGGACGGAGUGGGAUGGACAUGGAUUGGGAAGAGAGGGCAGGAGGGCAGGAGGGCACGAGUGCAGGAGUGCAGAAUGCAUGGGGUUCCGGGAAUCGAGGGCUGACGCCGCCGCCCCUCCCGAUCGCGGGCGUGACGUCUGGCGUAUGGCGUCUGGCGUCAUCGAGGAGUCUGCAGUCGAGGAGGAGACGGAGACGGCGAGGAGGACGCAGGAGACGAGGAGGGCGGCGGCCGCGUCCCGUCGAGGAUUGCAGGAAUCGCUGUGCUCUGUGUUCGGAGAAUCCGUCUUGGGCUUCGGAGAAAGUGUCGCUAUCGCGCUGCGGGCAUGGCGGUUGGCUGGUUUGACCGAGCUCGCACUCGCUCGCACUCGCUCGCACUCGCUCGCACUCGCUCGCACUCGCACCGCUGCUGCAGACGCCGUGCGCUCCACGCCACGCUUGGUAGGAUGGCGUGGAUGGCGUGGAUGCACAAUGGGAGUAGUGGCUGCUCGCUACGACCUACGAGCUGCUAGUCUGCAACGACUCCUGACGGCAUCUGCUCAGCAACUAGCUGCGAUCGCAGGAUCGUAUCACCACACCCAGUAGGGCCAGCAAUCAGCGAUCAGAGAUCUCGCACACGCAUGCAGACACCGAGAUGAG